AUGUCCUUCCUCUUUGGCCGGGCCAGAACCAGGCCAGCCGUUGAUCUGCCCAAGCAAGCGAGGGACCAUGUGACAAAGCUUGAAGGACCAAACGGGCCUGUCAAGGCCGAAGAGCUCGCCAAAGUCUUGAGCCAGAUGAAGUUCAUCCUACAAGGGACGCAGGAGGCCGAUAGUAGCCCCGAACAAAUAUAUCAACUCGUCACAGGCCUGAUCGAGGAAGAUCUCCUCUACCUGCUCGCUGUUAACCUGUGGCGUCUACCCUUCGAAUCCCGCAAAGAUACCCAGGUCAUCUUUUCUUACAUCUUCCGCUUCCGACCAACUACUGCCUCACCUAAGAGUGAUCCUCUUGCUCUGUCAUACGUGGUAAACAAUCGUCCACAAGUCCUGCUCGAGCUUUGCCGAGGUUAUGAGCACAAAGAAAGCGCGACGCCCGCCGGUUCUGUCCUUCGAGAAGUUCUAAAAUCAGAGGCAGCCGCCGCCAUAAUUCUGUACGACGACAACGAGGAAUCUGGAUCCAGCAAUAAGGGUAUCAACUUGAUCGACAGAGAUCGUCAGCAGAGCGGGGAGGGUGUCUUUUGGAGGUUCUUUGACUGGGUGGACAAAAGCUCGUUUGAAGUGGCGGCGGACGCCUUCACCACCUUCAGGGAACUUCUCACAAAACACAAGGAGUUGGUUCCUAGAUACUUGUCCGUAAACUUUGACCUGUUCUUCGACAAGUAUAACAACAUCCUUGUGCAGUCCAACAGUUAUGUCACCAAGCGACAGUCUAUCAAGCUACUGGGCGAGAUUUUGCUGGACCGCUCAAACUACAGCGUUAUGACCGCCUAUGUGGACCGCGGAGAGCAUCUCAAGAUCUGCAUGAACCUUUUGCGGGACGACCGCAAAAUGGUUCAGUACGAAGGCUUCCAUGUCUUCAAGGUCUUCGUCGCCAAUCCGCAUAAAAGCAUCGCUGUACAAAAAAUUCUUCUCAUGAACCGAGAAAAGCUGCUUACGUUUCUGUCUCAUUUCUUGGAGGAUCGGACAGACGAUGAACAAUUCAUCGAUGAAAGGGAGUUCUUGAUUAAGCAGAUUAGAAACAUGCCGCCAAAUCCAGUGGCAUCUCAGAGGCAUGGUAUGCCAGCUAGUUGA